AACCAGCCCGCAACUGAACUCUUUGAUACUGCCAUGACAUGUGUCAAUCGGCAUCACAGCCACAAAAAAAGUAUAUAUAUACAAACCUUGUGGACUGUCGGUGCACCCCUCCAUAUAUCAUUGGAGCUCGGCACUGUCGCUUUGAGUCAUAAAGAUGCAGACCUACCUCGGCUCACAACAGCCGCGAACAGUCUCUGGGUCACAAUAGAGCUCAAAAUAAGUAAACUUGGCAUCAUCGAGGCAUCCCGGCCCCAAAAGUCCCCUUAUUUUGGCAUGGCAUCGGGGGACUGCUCACAGUAG